UGUGAAUUGGAUGAGUGUCUUUUAAAUGUACUGAAAUUCAAGUGGCCACUCCGUGGGUAACAUAACAAAAGUAUUAGACUUAUUAAAUAGCAUAUUAAAUGGUAUGUUUUAUAAUUAAGGAUGCAUUACAUUAAAUUAAAAGGCUUUCCUUUGCUCUUCUUUUCUAUUCAAUAUGUAACGUUAUGGUUUUUAGCAAUUGUUGAAACUAUCUAACUUUAUAUGGCACUUCUCAUAUCAUUUCCUCUUUAAAAUGAAUCGCUUGUUUUUUUCGUUUGGUUUUUGUCACUGGAUAAAAGAGUCUGCUAAAUGCCAAAAUGUAAAUAAUGCGUUUUCCUAAAACGUGCUCAUGUUGACGUCACAUGUUUGUAAAGUGUCCCUAAAUUCCAUCCGUACGUUUGCUUCAGGAAGUAGUGAUUCAUUGCAGCAGGACAGAAAAGCUUCUGGAUAAACCCCAACAUUUCAUUUCAUGUCGACAUAAACUCGCGUUUCAUAAUGUUUAUGAACAGUUUGAGUGAUAAAAGGUCGUUAAUUUCGUAGCUGUUUAAAAAAAGCACAGAAAUGCUAGGACGUGUGCUAGCAUGCGCUAACAACAAGUCAAUGCGCUAUAGUGGAGUCUGGACCUGAACCUAAAAUAACAACAUGAUUCAGUAACUCACUCAAAUGAAACGGAAUCGUAUCCGCAUCUCACCCGCACACCCGUUAAUGUAACAGUUAACAGUUUGGUUCAAACGUGUAAUACGAAACUGGAUGUCACAUUCGACACUGUUGUUUGAAGGAAAAGUAGCUAAGCCAUCCAUAUACUCGUCAUUAUGUCCGAUCUUACACAUGCGUUUCAGUCACAACUGUCCGGGGUCAUGGAGACUGUCUUUAAAGCAGCCAUAUUUGAGAUCACCCGGCUGGUAGAGGAGAGUUUCAUGAAGGAAAUGUCCCGAAGUCGGGAACAGGUGGAGACUCUGAAGAAGAGACUGCAAUGGAGCGAGUCAAGGUGGAGAACUCAAGAGUCAACAUGUGCCAGCAGGUGUACAAAGUGUGGUAAAGCUAACGAGGAAGAUAAAGAAACAUCAACACCAUUAGAAAAUGAUCGUGGUCUCAAACAGGAGAGUGUUCGAGAAAGGAGCUGGGGAAGCUGUGAGUUGGAGACUGAUACGCUUUUGGGAAAAGAAAGAUCAGAAGACCGGACGAGCCCCAAUCGCACAGCAGAGUCUGCAAAUACAGAGGACAGGAAACUGGACUGCAUACUAAAAGAGGAGGUUCUCUAUAAUACCACUGAUAAAAAGGAGCUUCAGGAUGGGUGGACACUGGAUACUGAAGCCGAGACUUCUGAUUUCUCAGCUCACAGUUACAGUGAGCAAGAACUUCAACAGAUUCAGGAAGAAUGGAGCACUGGGCUUGUUAAGUCUACUGAUGAUGGGCCUUAUGCAGAUAUUACAGACGUUCAGGGGCUGGCAUACCGAAUGCGGUACAACACAGAGGAGCUGGCGGACUACAAUAAACUGGACAUGGGAGACCUGAAUGUUCUUGGAGAAAGAACUGAAGAGACACUGGGCGCUGUUCAAAAUGACCUUAAUGUGGCUAUAGAAGGUGAAAGACACUUUUCCAAUAAGAGUAAGAAAAGAAAUGGAGGCUCUUUUCCUGCACAGGUUAACCCAGAAACAGAAAGCAUUGAUAGACACAUGCACUGUUUACUUAUUAAUGAAGAAGGCCACUUACAGGACAUGAGUGCCCUCAGCGAAGUUCAGAAUGGGGUUGCAGGACAUGCUGAUCAUAGAGGACACUCAACACUUUAUGGUGAAAAUACAGCAAACGAUGGGUCUGGUGGACUAUAUAAGAAACAUGAAUUUAACCAUUCUCAAGAUGAUAGACAAAUUUUUCAAGUCAGCGAGCCUUCUCUAAAAGACUACCCGCUCUCCCAAAGAGUCGGUUCAGCCGAUGCAUACAACUGUAACCAGUGCGGUAAGAAAUUCACUCAGGCCUGCAAUUUAAAGGUUCACCAGCGUGUCCACCAACGGGACGGUCUCCACUUGUGCAGCCACUGUGGGAAAGGUUACUCGUCGUUCAGUGACCUGCAAAGGCACCGAUGCAGUCAGACUGGAGAGAAGCCUUACAUCUGCACGCUUUGUGGAAACCGAUUCAGCCGACUGUGGAAUCUCAAGCUGCACAGGCGCAUUCACACGCAGGAGAAACCACACCAGUGUACUGUGUGCAAUAAGAGCUUUACCCGGGCAGAUAUCUUAAAAGUCCAUCAACGCACCCAUACAGGAGAAAGACCGUACUGCUGUGGUAUUUGUGGACUCAGCUUCAAACGCCUGGACCACCUUAGGUCACAUCAGCGCAAACAUAGUGCUGACCUAAACAGUCAGUGAUAAAAUAACACAGACUGGAUUGUAAUAAGUUUAUACUGGCACUUUUAUUAAUUAUCCAUCCUUGUUGACAGAGACUGAAAACGGGUUUUUCUCACGAAGCAUAACACUGGUUAUGUAAAAGACUCUGCAGUAUGCAAUUGUUCUGUAAUGUCUGUUGAUCUUUGCUGAAAAUGUUGGAAGCCAUGUUUUUUACCGCCACGCAUUUGAUUGGCUAUUUAUCUUAGAUGUUUUUAAAAGAGUAUCUUGUGUCUUACAUAAAUGGCUUGCCUGCCAAUUUAACCCGUUAACUGGCGCUGUCUCGUGUACACCCAUCCUGAGUUUACUUCAAUAUUUUUAAUGUAAAUGUUAAUCUAUCAUGACAAACUAUAUAUUGUUGGAAAGGUCUAAGAAUGUAGUUUUCAUAUUUCAAAACCUUUUAGCAGUAAUAAUAAUGCAGUAACUGUAAUAUAUUCAUUUGUGACAAAAAUAUGCAGCAAACCUCACAGCAAACCAACGCAAACCUCAGUUUUUUGUAUUAAGAAUAAUACUAUAUUGCAUUUUUUAUUUAUGACAAAUAAAUGUAAACUGCUAUAAAAACAAAAAUGAUAUUUUCACCUCCAGACAAUUCUGUAAAAAAUGUUAAAGUGUCUUCUUUAAAACAAGACCAAAAUUACGCUUCUAGACAAAAAAAAUGCCAGUGUUAUAUUAAUUUGAAGGUGUACUUCACCCCCCCCCCCCAAUCAAAAAGGGCUGCACCAGUUAAAGGGUUAAUAUUGCCUAUUUUCUGCACUACAGAGUUACCAUGCAAUGUUCUCUUAAAUAUUUUUCAUCUGUUAUGUACCCGUUGACUUUCUCCGCAGGUUGGGUAAUGUAAAAUAAACAUGAAAAAUAAUUUC